GUGUCAAAUUUGCUGUUGUGUCGUGUUCCUGAGGAAAAGUUGUGGGGCGUCUUUACGUUGUUCUUAACAUUCAAAUAUUUGUCAAAUGCAUUUUUAGUCGUGGAGGUUUGGCAGGCUUUAGAUUUUUUUAAGUGAACAUAUGUUUUAUACUGUAGUUAUCGGUUUGAGCUUAAGUUGCAGUUUGCCAGGUUGGAGAUAUUCUUUCGCAUUUUCUUGAUGAAUUGCUGAUAUAAAUGUACAGUUGUUAGCAGUAAAGCACCGCUGCCCACUUAAGGUGACAUAGCAAGGCAUAAAAUGUCAUAUUCCAGCCAAAAGCCGUCGGAGAAAGCCCUUCUAGACCAAGUGACCACCCCGACAAACUCGAGUUCAAGUGAAGAAAACGAAGCGGUAAUGGGUAAUGCAAGGGUGGUAUGCCGUGUAUGCAAACGAUUAUAUCGGGAACCAAAAAUACUACCAUGUCUACACACUUUUUGCGCAGACUGCAUUCGUCAAUUGGAACCAUUUACUGCGUCUGUGAACAGCAAAUCAUUAGCGGUGGUGAGCGAUUCCCACUCGCGUGACCAGCCCUCCGUGACCGUACUUUGCCCUCAAUGUGACUGUGAAGUCGACAUUCCAUUUUCGGGAGUUGACGGUUUGACCACUGACCAUUUGGCCCUGGACGAAGUGUUUCUGGAAACUCUAAACAGCAACAAUUGUGUAGUGUGCGACCUGUGCACCGACGGAGAAGCAGAGAAGCGCUGUGAACUGUGCUGUGUCAACCUUUGUGAGUUCUGCUGCCAAGCACACAGACGCCAGAAGCGGACAGCCUCUCAUUCAGUCCAGAGUCUGCAGGAUCUGAAGGCGCAGGGUCUCAUCUCCCGCCCUGUCCUGUGCUCCCUCCACCCCGGCCAGGAACUCAGGCUCUUUUGUGAGCCUUGCGACCUUCCUGUCUGCCUGGAAUGUGCCGCCACCUUCCACCGUGACCAUUGCUGUAGCUCAACACGAGAUGUCAUUGACCACCAUGGCGACCGUAUCCGUAAGCUGGUUACCGGGUGCCUGCGGCCUCGUCUAGGGCGGCUGGAGGAGUCGCUAAGGAGGGUGGAGCUUUCCCAGGAGGCCUUGCAGGCGAGAGUGGAGACGGCGGCGGAGGAGGUGCGUGCAUUUGCGCGGGGCUAUGCUAGUGCAGUGGAGGCCCACUGUGUGUCUUUACUGCGCCGGCUGGAGGAGCUCCGUGUCCAGCGCAGAAACCAGCUCCACCUGCAGAGGGCACAGCUGCUACAGGCCCUGGCUGAUGCCCGCGGGGGAGUAGAGUUUGCGGAGAGGCUCCUUACAUGCGGCUCCGAGGCUGAGAUCCUCAGUGUCAAAGGGGUGACCAUCAGGAGGCUGGCCUGCCUAGCAGAGAGUGGUUACGAUCCCCAGACAGCCACCGUCACUCCUGACAAUGGAAGCAGCAUCUGCUUUAUGCCCCAGGAGAGCGCAGGGGAGGUGGAGGGCUACCCGGUGGUGGGAGUGAUUCACGCCAAGACCAUUGAGAUAAGCAAGUGCACCAUCGAAGGGGAAGACGUGCAGCAUGGCAGGGAGGGGCAGAGUGGGGAGUUCACCCUUGUGUGUAGAAACUCUGCCGGGGAGCAGAUGGGCCGCGGAGGUGAACCUGUCCUGGUCAGCAUCAUCCAUAAGGAGAAGAAGGACUGCAGAGUGGAGACCACUGUCCUUGACAACGGCAAUGGUUCCUACAACAUCUCCUACACACCCAAAGAGCCGGGGGUCUACUCCGUGUGGGUGUGUGUCAAGGACCACCACGUCAAGGGUUCACCGUUUGUCCUGAACGUUAAAAGGAAGUUCCGACGUCACAGAGGAACGUUCCACUGCUGCUCCUUCUGCUCCAGCCGGGGCUCCAAGGAGGCACGCUGUGGUUGUGCAGGCAAGAUGCCAGGAGGGUUCCAGGGCUGUGGUCAUGGUCAUAAGGAUCACCCUGGGAAGCCCCACUGGUCAUGCUGUGGAAGUGUGGUGGAAGCGUCUGAGUGUCUGCCUCACAGUGUGGUAGCGGCUAUUUCCCCUCUGAGCCAUUUGAGGACUGUGGAGCUCUGAGGGACAGGAACAACAGGUUUUUGGGUCAGGGGUCAGGUGGCGCUAAUAUCAAGGCACCGGUCAACCAGGUGAACGAUCAGUCGGCAAGGACUAUUUUCCCGUACACAAGCAUUUUCCCGUGUUUGACAUCUUGUCAUCGUAAAACCAUCUUCAACUAAAUGGUUCUAGUGAGAACCUUUAAGGUUGCAUGGCGGUAAUGGAGCUUCUUAUACCGCAUUGCCCGUCUGCGGUAUAAGAACUGGUUAACCCACCAGUUUUAACCUUGGGAUGACUUUAACCCAUUUGGCUGCUCUCAUUUGCAUCUAGAUUUCCAUGUUUGAACACUUUAGUAAAUGGUAAAUUUGGUAAAUAGUACAUCUAGUAAUCAUAUGGAUUAUGAAGGUUCUGUAAGGUUACAUGUGGUAAAGUGGACCUAUGCAAAUGUCCCUUAAAAUGGGACACCGUUUUUAUAUUAUUAUACAUGUUUCCAUUUACACGUCUUUUAGACACUCAGAAAUAUCACUGCUUGUGAAUGCAUAUUCAAGUUUUAAUGCAUCACAUAAUUGACUGUUAAUGCUACUGUCCUGUCACCAUUUUGACUUACUAAACUAAAUGGCUAAAUAAAUUCAAGUUUAAGUACA